AUGUCAUCAUCUUCGAAUGAAAAAAUGUAUAUUUCGUUACGUGAACAAGCUUUAGGUGAAUUCAGAAAAGCUCUUGAAGAGUCCUUGGAAAGAUUUAACAAGGAAAAAAAUUCGUGCGUGGUCAUGGAAAUUGACUAUGUGCGAUCUUUAGUUAAUAGUGCAAUUAAUAAUUUAGAUUCUCAUUUUGCUGAGUAUAAAAAUUUGCCUGGAAUUAUUCAAGAAUUUCCAAUCAUGAUUGAAGAAGAUGUUGGAACUACUUCGGAACAUCCAAUAAUAAUUGAUUGUGAUGAUAAAGUUGGCGUGUCUCAGGCUGAAAACAAUCCUAGAAAGAGAAAAAACAUUUGGAAAAAAAGUAAAAAUGCAAAAAAAGCCAAAUCAGUAGCAAGAAGCCUCCGACAAGAAUUACCACCCGUCCCAAGGAUCCAAGACUCUUUGUUUAAUAAGAUGGCAACGAGCCGUCAGUUGUACAAAGAGUCUUGGGAGGCUUUAGAGUUUGUGGGAGACAGAGUUAUUACGUCCUGUCUAUUAAAGAUUGCGGAACAAAAAUACAUUAAACGGCAUACCGCAUCCAUAAUCAGGCUAUGUGUAAGGAAUAUUGCCACCAAUAAAAUUUUGGCGGCAUAUUGCCUUACACUUGGAAUUGAAAAAUUAAAUGAAAUGACCUCCUUAAAAAUAAAGAAGCGUCAUGCCGAUGCUUUUGAAGCAUACUUUGGUUCAUAUUACCUUGUAAAUGGGGAACUGGCAACUUGCAUUUAUCUAGAUAAUCUAAUGACCCCAUUAUUGAAUUUAAUAAUUGAAGGAGUCGCUUCAGGAAAUAAGAAGCCGAUGGAUGCCUUUAAAAUUGCAUCAAAUUACUUCGAACUUGAAUGGAUUCAGGAUGGUAAUAAACUUACUUAG